CCACCACAGAAGUCGGCAAUCUCAAUUUUUAUUCCUGCCGCUCGGUUUGCCAACCCACAGCAACGGCCCGUCCAACUCCUCCCUUCGCUGCCCCGGCGACCUCGUAAUUCAGGCUUCAUUUCUAUCGCUCGCUCCCUCGUUCGUUGAAAGUCGGCCCGUUAACGUUACUGGUACGCCAUUGGCUGUUUUAUCCCUCGAAUGUCGCCCGCCGGGUGACAGUAGCAGCGACGUUCCCCCUGUCCCGCGUGUCUGCUCGCCUCCCUCCGCCUCCUUCUUCCCCCGUCGGGGCCGUCUGUCGCCGUCGCCGCCGCCAACCUGGAGGCCAGCAAAGAGUACAGACCGGGUGGCACGCCGUCUCCGGUCGAAAAGAUGGGUCGCCUCGCGCUGGCCGGCGCCAGGUUCCGCCGCUUCUUCACUCGCCAGACGUUCUUCCUCGCGUUCGCGAUAUGCAUCGUGUGGUUCCUCGGCCUGCAGUUCCGCCGCGAGUCGCCCCUUCGGUCGCCCGUGGUGAACAACCAUCCUCCGGACCUGCGGAAACCUCCCAGGCGCAUGCCGACACACAACGUCCUGCCGCCGCUCGAGGAGCGCGUGCCCUGCCACGGUCCCCGCGGCCAUUUGCUGGGCACCAAUCGCGACGACGAACUGCUGUUCAGAGAGCUUGACGGCCCCUACCUGACGCCCUGGGCUGGCUCCUUCGAGGAGUUGGGCCUCGACUUGGUGGUCAUGACGGCGGACCAGAGAUACGGUCCGUACGGAUACGGCGAGGACAGGGACGACUAUAAGCGACAAAAGGUGGACUGGGAAAGGAUCGACUGGGGCCUUAUGCAGAACGACUGCUUCGAGCGGAACAGACAUCGCUUCCCGGUCGCCGCCUCGCGCUUCGAAGAUACCCGCGUUAGCAAACCCCGAUUCGCCCCGCGCGAGCUCGCCAAGACCCCCUUAAUUCGGCACUGGCACGAGUUCGAGCCGUCGAGGCGGACAGCCAUCGUGGUGCGCACGUGGCGCGGGUACGAAUACCUGCCCGAGGAUAUGUACUAUCUCCGCUCGCUCGUCGUCGAGGCGGCGCUGCGGUCGGGCGCCGAGUACCAGGUCAUUCUUCUGGUCGAUAUGAAGGAUUACGAAGGCUACGACAACAACAUUUGGGAAUCCGACGAGGCGUACCAGAAGGGGCUCGAGGACGCUGGCGUCCCGCCCGAGUUCCAGUCGAUUACUCUCUUGUGGGACGAACGUCUCCUGAAGAGCUGGUACCCCCUGAUCGAUGAGCACAGAACCAUGUGGCAGGUCUUCCAGCCGAUGCAGCUCCUCGCCCUGCACUACCCCGAGUUCGACCACUUCUGGCAGUUCGAGAUGGACAUGCGCUUCCUGGGCGACGCCGGCAAGUUCAUCGACCAGCUCACCACAGUGGCGCGCAACGAGCCACGUAAGCAGGCGCUCGAGCGGGCCAGCUUCUGGCACAUGAUUUCGCAGACGGGCGAGUUCGACGAGUUCUUCAAGGCGGUCGACAAGGCCAACAAGGGCGGGUCGCACGCGUGGGGGCCGAUGCGGGUGCCCGAGAUCCUGCCCAUCGGGCCGGAGCCGCCCGUGGCGGACCCGCGCAACGAGACGUUCCAGUGGGGCGUGGGCGAGGAGGCCGACGCCAUCACCACGUCGUACUGCAUGGACGCGACGAUCCCCAACUCGUGGGCGUUCCGCAACUGGAUCUACGGCUUCGAGGCGGGCACCAAGACGCCGCGCUUCUACUGCCCGCCGGCCAUCAUGCGCGCGUCGCGCAACCUGCUCUUCGUCAUCCACCAGGCCCAGGUCGAGCAGGGCGUCAGCAUCCCCUCGGAGGCGACGCUGCCCAGCUUCGCGCUCUGGCACGGCCUCAAGCUCGCCUUCCCGCAGCAGCCCAUCUUCCACCGCGACCGCGACGACCACGCCGCCCAGGCCAAGUGGUGGCGCGGCGGGCCCAAGGCCAGCUCCACCGGCCUCGGCCCGGACAGGUCCGAGCACCCGCGCGGCAACGGCCUGACCUUCUGGUGGGAGUCCGACUGGGCCAAGCACAUCUUCUACGAGUGGAUGGGGAGGAAGCUCGACAGCGGCGAGCCCCGGCCCUGGAUCCUCGACGACCGCGACGGGAAGCUCUGGGCGCCGAAUAUCCUCCUGCAUCCGGUCAAGCAUCAGAAAUAGAUCAGGCGGGCUUGAUCGUGGGGGUUAAUUGAGCAACGCGGAGAAAGGCUGUGUAAUGAAGGGGAGGCCAGUGGCGCCUUCGUUAAGGAGAGCAAGGGGGACGGUUGCGAGGAUAAUGGGCAUCCAUCCAACAGCGGAGCCGUAUAGUUUUGUUACUUUGCAUGGCGUAUGAUGUAACUACCAUGAGGAAGGCUUUUUGUUCUGUCUUGUCAUUUGGAGAGAGGAGUUACGGAGCUUGGCAGGGGUUUGUGUUUUGGGCGGGUUCUGGACAUCCCCAUCUUCAAGCCCCAUAUCUGUCUGGCUACCUUUUUUUCCGGCUUGCUGCCUUCUUGUACAUACAUUACUUACCUCUUGUACCAUCUCAAGUGUAGAAUCUUGGGAUCCUGUUUUACGGUGCCUGUAGCUAAUUGUAGUUGGAAUGGCUGAGGAGCGAAUGACAACGCCCGGGGCUUCCCCAC